CUUCGCGUUGCAUGGCGGAAAUGCGCAGGCUUCACCGGUGUCGACUCGAUAUAUAUAAAAGCUCCCCCAAAACAAGCCUGCUACAGCUCUCGUCACAAUCAUGUCCUUCUCCGCUGAGCUCAAGAACUGCGCUCUCCCCCCACACCACACCCAAGACACUCUGGGCGCGGCUUUCACCGAACUGCGCGCCCUCCUCGGUCCCGAGAACGUCGAAAUCGUCAGCACCGCCUCCCUCGACGACAAAUCCUACUACGAUCCUCCGAAGACCCACGAUCCCUUCCACAUCCUCGGGCAGGACGAGCUUGUCGCGUCUGCCGUGCUUCGGCCAGGCUCUACCGAGGAUGUGCAGGCCAUCGUCAAGCUCGCAAACAAGCACCGCCUGCCCAUCUGGCCGACUAGCAUCGGACGGAACUUUGGAUACGGCGGGGCCGCGCCAAGGGUGCGAGGUUCAGCGGUUGUGGAUCUCGGCGCCAGGAUGAAUAAGGUCCUCGACUUGAACGAGCCCAAUGCUUUUGCGCUCAUCGAGCCGGGAGUCACGUUCUUGGGCUUGUACGAAGAGAUCCAGAGGCGUGGGAUGAAGCUGUGGGUUGAUUCGCCCGAUCUGGGCGGCGGGAGUGUGCUUGGGAAUACGCUCGAUCGAGGUGUGGGAUAUACACCAUACGGUGAUCACUUCGGGACCCACUGCGGUAUGGAGGUUGUUCUGCCGAACGGAGAGGUUGUCCGUACUGGUAUGGGCGCUCUGCCCGACAAGAACCAGCCGACGGGAAGUGCCAACACCUGGCAACUCUUCCCCUACGGCUUCGGCCCAUUCCACGACGGAAUCUUUACACAGAGUAACUAUGGUAUCGUGACUAAGAUGGGUGUCUGGCUUAUGCCCGACCCCGGCGGCUACCAAGCCUUCAUGAUCAGCUUCCAGAAGGACGAAGACCUCCACCCCGCCAUCGAGAUCAUCCGUCCUCUCCGGAUCGCUGGAAUCCUACAAAACACGCCCUCGAUCCGCAGUGCUACUCUCGACCUCGCCGUCGGCGGGCCGCGCAAAGACUACUCAUUGACCGGCAAGCCUCUGACAUCCGCCGAGAUCGACAACGCCGUUGCCAAAUCGACAACCAAGAUUGGGCGUUGGUCCUUCUACGGCGCGCUGUACGGGCCGGAGGCGGUACGGGACGUAUUCUGGGCGGCGAUCAAGGGCGCGUUCAGCAAGAUCCCCGGCGCAACAUUCCACUUCCCCUCCGACGUGCCGCCGGAGAAAUCGGUGCUGCACAUCCGUGAGGGCACGCUGCGGGGGCUGCCCACGUUCACCGAGCUGGAGUGGACCAACUUUGUCCCGAACGGCUCCGCGUUCUUCUUCAGCCCGAUCUCGCCGGUGUCGGGCGACCACGCCGAUAGGCAGUACAAGCUGGCUAAGGACCGCUGCGAUGAGUUUGGCUUCGACUACAUCGGCACGUUCACAGUCGGCAUGCGCGAACUCCACCAUAUCGUCUGCCUCGUCUUUGAUCGCACGAAUGAGGAGGAGAAGAAGCGCGCGUACAAGAUGCUGAACUUGAUGGUCCAGGACUGUGCCGAUGCUGGGUAUGGAGAGUACAGGACGCAUCUGGCGUUGAUGGACCAGAUCGCCGGCACGUACAACUGGAACGACAACGCGCUCAUGAAGCUGAACGAGACGCUGAAGGAUGCGCUGGACCCGAACGGGAUCAUGGCGCCGGGGAAGUCUGGCGUGUGGCCGCAGGCGUACCGGGAAGUCAAGAAAAGGGUGGUGAGCGGAACGUCAAAGAUUUAGAUACGGAGAUAGUUUAUGAAGCCCCGCUGAGGGGGAAAUUUACUCAGAGUUGUUCUUGCAGCUAUCUCGAAAAUAUGUUCUCGGCUAUUCUGGCUUUGUUCUUCGCAGUUGUACUGUACACAAUAG